CACAUAAAUGUCAAACCAAUUGUUUUUCAAAGGGAAAAAAGGGAAAUAUUUUCUCGUCGUCGUCAUGUUGGAAUCUUGAUUAAUAACAUACAAAAAUCAAAAUAAAGGCAAUUAAUCAUUAUUCUUUAAAUAAAAGGCAGUGCAAUUCAACGUAGAAAUCUAGAUCAUGGAAAUGGCCAAAAGUCUUUUCGGAAGAGAUCAUGAUGGUUAUGUUGGACCCCGAGAGCAUACGAAAAAGCUUCAAACACUCAACUCAGAAGAUGAUGUAGGUGAGGAGUUGCCCAGAAUGAUGGAAGAGCUGAGUGUAGUUGAUGGUUUGCGGCCCAAUCCGGGGGGUCCGUUUUCAGCACUCACACCCUCAAUGUGGCCGCAAGAGAUUUUGGCUAAAUUGGAACAGCCCGAAGCAGAAAAUACAACAGGACUUAGUGAUCAGCCGGAUUAUAGGUUUGAUGAAUUUGGCUUUCGUGUAGAAGAAGAAGAUGGACCCGAGCAAAAUUCCAACAAGCUGCUAGGCAUACCAUUUGCUGAAGAUGCACAGCAUCGAUUACAAUGGAUUGCCCAUUUGGAAUUUUCACACAAUAAAGAGGCUACAGAAUUAACAUGGGAAAAUGUGGGCGUUAUGCUGCCACGCACAGAAAAGCUUAGGAAUAUGGUACGCGAGGGUAUACCCCACUCACUAAGAGCUCAAAUGUGGAUGAGGCUAUCGGGGGCAUUGUCCAAAAAGCAGAAAAGCGAAACCAGCUAUCAGGACAUUAUUAAGGCCUCAGCCAAUGACCAGUUAAUGACUUCUAAACAAAUUGAAAAAGAUCUUCUGCGUAUACUGCCCACAAAUGCAUGCUUUAGCAAUCCCAAUGGUACAGGCAUACCAAGACUGCGUCGCAUUCUUCGAGGAAUUGCUUGGCUAUAUCCAGACAUUGGGUAUUGCCAAGGAACAGGAGUAAUAGCUGCUUGUUUACUACUAUUCAUGGAAGAGGAGAAUGCAUUUUGGAUGAUGGCCACCAUUGUUGAAGAUUUGUUGCCAGCCUCUUACUAUUCUUCCACUUUGCUAGGCAUACAGGCUGAUCAACGUGUCAUGCAAACUCUUAUAGCCAAUUAUCUAUCCUCUGUAGAUGAUAGCUUGAAGAAACAUGAUAUAGAGCUAUCACUGAUAACUUUACAUUGGUUCUUGACGCUCUUUGCCAAUGUGGUGCACAUGAAAAUAUUAGUACGCAUAUGGGAUUGGUUUUUCUAUGAAGGUAGCAUUGUACUCUUUCAGCUGACCUUGGGUAUGCUGAAGAUGAAGGAGAACGAUUUACAUAAUUUGGAAAAUUCUGCUCAAAUUUUCAACUCAUUGUCGGAUAUACCAGGACUGAUUGAUGAUGUUGAAGUACUAUUUAAACUUGCCCUAGAAGUUGGUGGUUCUCUAAGCCAAACAGUCAUAGACACCCAUCGCCGUCGGCAUCUUGCUUAUCUUAUGGCCGAUCAAGGCAGCCUUGUUGGUAAUCCCAGUCUUGCCCCCAACUUGCCUAAGCAACAUUUAGCUCGGCGGCAAGUGCGUAAAUCGAAAUCUAUACUCGAAACUCUUCUAUUUCGUGGCGAUAAUGGCGCCGAUGAAGUAAAAAAUAAAAAUAUUCGCCAAACAGAAAUAUUGGUGGAUUUACGUGAGGCUAUACUAAAGGUGGCUCGACACUUUAUAGCCAUAGAACCAAAAUUAGCCAAUCAUAUACAACUAACAGCCGAUUAUACAACGCAAUCUCAUGCCAAGGAUCAUGAGAAUUUUAUUAAUGUGGCUCGUACGCGCAAACGAAGAGCCAAGGCAUUGCACGAUUUUGAAAGACACGAUGACGAUGAAUUGGGUUUUAGGAAAAACGAUAUAAUCACCAUUGUCAGCCAAAAGGAUGAACAUUGUUGGGUGGGUGAGCUGAAUGGCUUGAGAGGAUGGUUUCCGGCUAAAUUUGUAGAAUUACUAGACGAACGUAGUAAACAGUACACCUCGGCGGGAGAUGAUGCCAUUUCUGAGACUGUAACUGAUUUGGUGAGAGGCACAUUGGCACCGGCGGUAAAGGCAUUUUUAGAGCAUGGCAUGAAGAGGCCAACAUUUCUGGGUGGGCCCAUUCAUCCGUGGCUUUUCAUCGAAGAAGCUGCCUCCCGAGAGGUGGAAAAAGACUUUGAAUCUGUGUACAGCCGUUUGGUGCUGUGCAAAACCUAUCGCCUAGAUGAAGAUGGUAAAGUCCUUACACCUGAAGAGUUACUAUACCGUUGCGUUCAAUCAAUCAAUCAAACACACGACGAAUCACAUGCGCAAAUGGAUGUUAAAUUGCGCUCUCUCAUAUGUCUGGGCCUCAACGAACAGGUGCUGCAUUUAUGGCUGGAGGUUUUAUGCUCCUGUCAAGACAUUGUACAAAAAUGGUAUUAUACUUGGUCAUUCAUCGAUUCUCCCGGUUGGGUACAAAUCAAAUGUGAACUUCGAAUAUUGGCUCAGUUUGCUUUCAAUUUAAAUCCGGACUGGGAGUUGCCACCACCGCCCAGGGGUAAAGAAUCGCAACCACUAAAAGAUGGCGUACGUGAUAUGCUGGUUAAACAUCAUUUAUUCUCAUGGGAUUUGUGAGAGAAAUUCCCCAGCAAAUAUGUCAUCAUACGAGUUUUUGGUAUUCUGGAAUUUGGUUUUUAUUUAUUAAAUUUUUUUUAUGUGUUACCUUAUACAUGUAAGGCAAGUUGGUAAACUUAAUUAAAAACUUGACUUGUUAACUUGUUCAAUUUCGAAAGAAAGGAGAAAAUAUAUAAAAUACAUUCCUUAA